AUGGCAACUACUGUUCUCGGCAAGCGCACUCGCAGUGGUGUUGAAGCGGAAGCGCUUCCAGUCCGCUCCGCAAGCAAGCGCCGAACUGUUGCACCCCGGGUCCAUCGUGAGGCUGCUGCGCCUGUUCGUCGAACUCGCUCAACCCGUCUCGCUGCAAAGAAUCAGGAUGAUGAGCAAUCACUGGAUCAAGAAAAUGGGGAUGUCAUCAAUAGGAUCUCGGAAAAAGCGCAUUCAAAACACACACUGCGCGAUGACCAGGGUGGGUCUCCCACAAAGAUCAAGUCUCAUUUCCGCACCUCGAAGCUCGUGGAGGAUGAGAAACCUGAGAACCCCGAGAAGCCUGACAAGCUGGUGGUAGCAGCCCCGGUUGAAUUCAAGACCCCGCAAAAGUCUCGAUUCCGAGACGCGCUCCAACAAUCACCGGUCACUCCACGGCACCGCGUACAGGUGGGAGCCAGGUCUGUGACCCCGCGGACUCCUCGACAUGCCGAUCUUCCGCCUACCCCUCGCCCGAGUGCUACUCCAACCACCACACAAACCGUUUAUUCUCAAGCCCGACAGCUCUUCGCCCGUGGCGCCACCUCUGGUCGACUCAUUGGGCGUGAAUCAGAGCGGGAAAAGGUCUCCACUUUUAUUGAGGAUUGUGUUGAGUCUCAAAAGGGCGGCUGUCUCUACAUCAGUGGACCACCUGGCACGGGCAAGAGCGCUAUGGUCAAUGAAGUGUGCCAGGAUAUGGACCUCUCCAAUGUCAAGGUGUCCCACGUCAACUGUGUCAGUAUGCGGAACUCCCGCGAUGUAUACAGCAAGCUCAUCCAAGAUUUCUGCGACGAAUCGGAGGUAUUCAAGAAAAGCGAGGCAGACCGACUAAAGGCUAUGUUCAUUCCAGCGAAGGCGGAAGGUCUGUUUCUGGUCAGUCUAGACGAGAUGGAUCAUCUGCUCCAGGGUGACUCUGGUGUAUUGCAGUCUUUGUUUGAAUGGUCUUUGCAUAGCAAGUCUACUCUUAUUCUCAUUGGUAUUGCCAAUGCCUUGGAUUUGACCGACCGAUCCCUGCCACAGCUGAAAGCAAAGAAUCUGCGGCCUACGCUUCUUCCAUUCUUGCCUUACAAUGCCGCUUCAAUUGCUGGUGUGAUCACUGCUCGCCUUCGGUCGUUGCUCCCCGUAGGUGAAGACUCCGAUCCAAAGUUCGUCCCUUUCUUGCAGCCAGCGGCCAUUCAGCUUUGCGCAAAGAAAGUAGCAUCACAAACAGGAGACCUUCGCAAGGCAUUCGAGUUGAUCAAGCGCGCGAUUGAUGUCAUUGAGCAGGAAACCAUCCAGAAAUCGGAGAAGAAAGCUGUUGAGUUGACUCUGUCUGUCCUAGCUGAAAACGAGAAUCUAUCUUUGCCGUCCAAGUCAGGCACUACCCCUCAGUUGACAACCAUGUCCAGCUACACACCGAUGACAGCUCCGCGCGCCAGCAUCGCCCACAUUGCCCGAAUUACAACAUCUGCUUUCGGACAGGGCACUGUACAAAGACUGAAAAACAUCAAUCUGCAGCAAAAAGCUGCUAUCUGUACAUUGAUUGCGCUCGAGCGCAAGCGUCGUGAAAUGGAUAUUCACAACACACCAUCCAAAUCUCGUUCUUCGGCUCCGACGGUGAAGCAGGCCUUUGACACAUACUGUACACUUUGCCGAAAUGACAACAUCCUCCACCCUUUGACUGCCACCGAAUUCAAAGACGUCUUGAGCAACUUGGAAACAAUGGGCCUCGUUGGCGAGUACCAAGGUCGUGGCCGUGGUGGUACAGUCGCAGGUGGCUCUGAUGUUCGUCGCACACCUUCCAAGUCUGGAAAUGUCAUGACAACCCCCCACAAGGCGAUGGAUGAGCAAGGUCUCAUCUGCUUUGUAUCCCAAUCAGAAAUCGAAAGCCAGAUUGCCGGACCUGGUGAAGGCAUUCUGAGGCGCUUGCUUCGUGGUGAUGGACUGUGA